AUGGAAGACACAAUCGUCCUCUACCCAGCUCCGGGAAGAGGCCACGUCAACUCCACCAUCGAAUUUGGCAAGCUCCUCCUCCGCCAUUACAACCACCACCCCGCCGCCGCCGUAACAAUCACCGUCGUCAUCACCCCUCUCCCGUUCGAAACCAGCUCCCCCGCCGUGGACACAUACCUGGAUUCAGUCUCGGCGGACCACAACGCCUCCAUCACAUUCCUCCGCCUCCCUCUGCUUUCCCCUUCCACGUACUCUGUCGGCGGCGAUUUCGCCACCGCCAUCCCCGCCCUGUUCUACCGGCUUCCCCUGCUCCAAAACCCCCACCUCCGCGGCUCGCUCUCCGACCUCUCCAAGUCCAAGCGUGUGAAAGCCCUGGUCCUCGAUUUCUUCUGCAACGCCGCCGUCCGAGUCGCCGACGAGCUCGGAAUCCCCUUCUACUUCUACUUCACCAGCUGCGCGUGUGACUUGGCACAGUUUCUCCACUUCCCCGUAACCCACGGGGCGUCGGUGAAGGGCGUCGUCGAUUCUCCAGUCCCCGUCCCCGGGCUGCCGCCCGUGCCGUCGGAGGACAUCCCUCCGGCGAUGGCCGAUCGGUCCUGCGAGGCCUAUUCCGAUUUCAUCGACACCGCCCACAACAUGGUCAGAUCCGCGGGGUUAAUCGUGAAUUCCUUCGAAUUGCUCGAGGGGAAGGCGAUUCGAGCGAUUGCCGAAGGGAAAUGUACCCCUGGUAGGCGUCCGCCGCCGGUUUACUGCGUCGGCCCGGUUGUGGAGGAGGGGAAAGGACGUAAUUGCAGUAGGCGGCACGCGUGUCUGACCUGGCUGGACUCGCAGCCCAAGGGCAGCGUUGUGUUUCUCUGUUUCGGGAGUGCAGGGGUUUUCUCCCGUGCUCAGAUAACAGAGGUGGCGAUUGGAUUGGAGAGGAGCGGGGCCAGGUUCCUGUGGGUGGUGAAGAAUCUUGCGAUCGGCGGCGGCCGGCCAACGACGGAGGAUGAUGAGUUCGACCUCGGCUCGAUCCUGCCGUCCGGGUUCCUGCACAGGACGGAGGGCAGGGGAUUCCUGGUGAAGCGGUGGGCCCCGCAGGUGGAGGUGCUGAACCACGAGUCGGUGGGCGGAUUCGUGACUCACUGCGGGUGGAACUCGGUCCUGGAAUCGCUCUGCGCGGGCGUGCCGAUGAUCGGGUGGCCGUUGUACGCGGAGCAGAGGUUGAAUCGGCAUUUCAUGGUCGAGGAAAUGGGUGUGGCUCUGGAGCUGACAGAGUCGGAAGGCCAGAUUGUGAAGGCGGAGGAGUUAGAGAAGCAGGUGGUCGAGCUGAUGAUGAUGGUGUCGCGAUCUGAGAAGGGGAAGGCGGUGCGGGAACGUGUCGUGGCUGUGAAGGCUGGUGCGGCGGUGGCGAUGAGUGAUGGUGGAUCUUCCCGCGUUGCUGUUACCAAGCUGGUGGAGUCGUUUAGACAAUGUUGA